CACUUUUCAAAAAAAUCACGUAUUUUCAGGGAGUUUUCAGGGUUUUCCGAAAUUUUUUCGACCACGGUGCACGUUACUAUCGUCAGGAACUGUCAGACAAUAAAACGAACGACGACGAUGAUCGCCAUCACGACGCUAAAUUAAGGAAUUAGGCAUUUUAUGUGGAUUCGAAAGUAGGUCAACAUCAAAACAAUCUUCAAAAAUUAUUAAAAAGGAAUUGAUAUUUCAUGCGAUGGAUGAUUCGCAAAGUGAACCGCCGACGCCGAGCAAUCCCGCGUAUCCAGCACAUCAUCCGCUAGCAAAUUCCAAACAUGAAUGCCAAAUUUGCGGGGAUCGUGCCUCGGGCAAGCAUUACGGCGUCUAUUCCUGCGAAGGAUGCAAAGGUUUCUUCAAACGUACGGUGCGCAAGGACCUCACGUAUGCGUGUCGCGAACAGAAAAAUUGCAUAAUUGACAAGCGUCAGCGGAACCGUUGCCAGUAUUGUCGCUACCAAAAGUGCUUGACGUGCGGCAUGAAGCGCGAAGCGGUGCAAGAGGAGCGUCACAAGGGCGCAAAAGGCGCUGGAACGGGCGGAAAUGCGAUGAAACCCGACGAAAUCUGUCCGACGAGCACCGUGAAGGACCUCACGAUGGAACGAAUACUCGAGGCGGAGAACAUCAGCGAGGAAAAUAAGGGCGAACAUGCGAUGCCGUACAUUCGCGUCGGUCAAAAUUCCCUCAUUCCGCCAAAUUAUGCGGGUCCCGUCAACAGCAUGUGCCAAAUUGCGAACAAAGCACUCGAGCGCAUCAUCGACUUUGCACGACGCGUUCCCCAUUUCACGGAUCUCUGCAAGGAAGAUCAAAUUCUCCUGCUGAAAUCCAGCUGGAACGAGUUGCUCAUCAUUACGAGUGCGUGGCGCAGCAUCGAGUACAUGGAAGUCGCCGAAUCCCCGAACGAUCCGACGAAAAAAGUCGUGCGAACGCCCGAAUUGCUCUGUCUCGGUCCCAACUACACUUUGCAUCGCAACAGCGCGAAAGAAGCGGGCGUUUUACCGAUUUUUGAUCGCAUCCUGCACGAGCUCAGCCUAAAAAUGAGCAAACUCGGGUUCGAUAAGGCGGAAUUGGCAUGUUUGAAGGCGAUAAUUUUGUUAAAUCCCGAAAUCCGGGGACUCGUGAACAAAAAAGACGUCGAAGCACUCAGGGAAAAGGCCUACGUUUGCCUCGAGGACCACUGCAAACAGCAUCACGCAUGCGAAGACGGCCGAUUUGCUCAAUUAUUGUUGCGACUACCUCCGUUACGUUCAAUCAGCUUAAAGUGUCUGGAUCACUUGUUCUUUUUCCGGCUCAUUGGCGACAAGCCGCUGGAGAGCUUUCUUGUUGAAGCCUUGGGGGCACCAAUCAAAACUGAACAUUCUUAAAAAAAAAAAUUCAAAAUUUUCGGCGAAAAUUCAUUCAACGAUAUUUUUACCUAUUUUUAAUCACUUUUUAUUAAUUUUUAUGAAUUAAGAUGAAACUGACGAUCCAGUUGUCGCUUUUUAUAAGGAAAGCUUUAAUUUUUCUUACGUUACAAUGAAAUUGAACAAUGAAAAUAGUAGAAUCUGUGUCCAUAAAAUAAUCAAAAAAAAAAAACUAUAAAAUAGAAAAUUUAUUUAAAAAAAAAAGAAGAGAAAUUAAAAGUUAGCGUUUUAAAUAUUAAAUGGAAACAAACUCAAUGGAAUUCAAUUUCAAUCCUACCAAUAAUAAAUCAAUAGUCAAU